AGAUAAAUUCCUAAAAACUUCUUAAGACUUACUUAAAUGACUACAAUUCCAAUUUAUGUAAAAUGGCAAGGUAAACGCUUUGAUUUGGAGGUUCAAAUGAUGGAAUCUAUUUUGGUCUUAAAAUCUCAGUUAUAUAGUUUAACUGGUUUUAUUUUUAUUUUAGAAAGAUAAUUUUCUAAUUUAGAAAUAGGUGUUCCUUGUGAAAGACAAAAAAUUCUUGGUCUAGGUUAAUAAAAAAGGGUCUGUUAAAUGAGUAGUUUAUAUGUGGUUUAGGAAAGAAACAAGUUAAAGAUGAUGCAAUUUUUCAGGAUUUUAAUGUUAAACCUUAUUCAACAAUUAUGUUGCUUGGCUCUACGGAAGCCCAGUCAAAAAUGUGUUUUGAACAACCUGUCUUUUUAGAGGAUACGAGUGGAUCUCAGUUACAUAAAAAACUUUCAUUGCCAUCAGGGCUUAAAAACUUAGGGAAUACGUGUUAUAUGAACUCUACACUACAAAUGCUUAAAUCUAUGCCUGAGCUUGAAUCAGAAUUAGAGAAAAUUUCACAAGAUAAGACUCGAAAGUUAGAUAAUUCAGGAACUAUAAUAGAAUCUCUUUCUGAUGUUUUUCGAAAUAUGAAUAUAUAUAGCGAUUUUUCACCGCUUAUAUUUUUAGGAUGUCUUAGGAUAGUAUUUCCUCAAUUUGCAGAAAGAGAUAAUAUUCAUGGCAGAUUCUGUCAACAAGACGCAGAAGAAUGUUGGUCUCAGCUAAUUCAGAAUUUGAGGACCCAUAUGCCUAUGAAUGGGGAUUCGCCAUCUUUUGUUAAUAAGUAUAUGGUAGGAACUCUUAUUAAUGAAAUAAAAUGCACCGAAAGUGAAGAUGAACCUCCUAUUAUUUCUAAUGAAGACUUUAUAAAGCUGAAUUGUCAUAUUGGGAUGAAUACUAAUUAUAUGAUUGAUGGUUUAAAAGAAGGUUUAAAAGAAACAAUUACUAAACGCUCGGAAAUUUUAAAUAAAGAAGCUACAUUUAUAAAAGUCUCGAAGAUUUCUAGGCUUCCAAAGUAUUUAACUAUUAAUUUUGUAAGGUUUUUUUGGAAAUUCUCUAUUCGCAAAAAAGUAAAAAUUUUGCGAAAAGUAAAGUUUCCUUUUGAAUUAGAUAUAUGUGAAUUCUGUGAAGACAAUUUAAAAUCUAAAUUGAUUCCAGUAAGAGAUAUUUUGCGCAAUAUUAAUAAGAGCUUGGAAGAAAAAGAAACUAGAAAAAAAGUAAAAACUUCUCUAGAUAAUGAUACCUAUGAAUAUUUAGAGAAAUCUUUAAAUGAAAUGAUUAAGGAAUUAUGGAGAUUAGUCGAUAUUAAAUCUAUUGAUGAAGGUUCAAAUGUGUCUGGUUUAUAUAAUUUAAUAGGGAUUUUAACGCAUUCUGGAGCAUCUGCUGAUUCUGGGCAUUAUCAAGCAUGGAUAAGAAUACCUAAUUCAUCAGAGUGGUGUCAAUUUAAUGACGAUAAUGUUACGAUUGUACCUCGCUCUAAAAUAGAGACCUUAGAUGGCGGAAGUGAAAAUGAUACUGCUUAUAUUGCUUUAUAUUCUGCUAUGGAAUUACCUACCACUAUCUAG